AUGUCARAUUCGACCCAUCCCGACGARKUUGAAAGAGCCUCACUAGAUGAGCUCUUGUCUCAAUACGGCUUCCCUCUCCCUCAAUCACCUCGCUCCACCUCACCAAAGCCCACCUCUAAYGAGGACAGUUAUGUCACUCGCAUCUCAUUCUCCUUCAACAAAGACACAACUGUUGAAGACGCAAACCAACUGAUCGUCAACYUCUUUGCAAGYAUGAAGAUCGAACGCUACUCCUUCACCAAGGAUCAAUUCUACUCAAACAACAACAACACCUCAUUCCCUCUUGCCAAGAGAGCCACCAUCAGAUGUGGUCGUCACCUACUGCGCAAGAUCAUCGCACACGACAACACUUCGUUCACCUACAACAACACCUCCUCCAGCAUCAACUGCAGAGUUGAGAAUCACUACAAAGUGUACACCACUCUCUAUCUCAAGGAUGAUACUCCACCUUCAACUGCCUCCAUCAUGGCYAACAAGGCUCUCUCAAGACAACUGGGUGACACCAAGUUCGACRUCACCGUCUCUCACUGCYGYYCUACCAAUGCGAUCAAUGAUCGCUCAAUCGUCAUCUUCACMACCUUCCAUCGACACAACYUGAUUCAGAUCCCAAGCGAAAUGAUCAAUAGAACAAGUCGUCAAGAGUACUAUUCGAUMUUCAUYACUCCUCCCCCAGCUGAGCGCAAGAGACCAUCUUCACCUGCRCAAUCACUCGACAACAGUCCAUCCUCAUCUCAAUCUYCCCCAGUAGACGAGAACUCAAUCWUAUCUACC